CCGUCCCCGGCGCGGCCCGGCCCGUGCGCUCGCUCCGGCCGCCUUCCGCCGUGCUCCGCCCGCGCCAUGGCCAGCCUGCGGCCGCCCGGCCCGUCCCCACUGCAGCCGCUGCUUCUGCUCUUAGUGGUGGCUGCGCGCGCCCUGCCCGGCGCCGACGGGACGUGCCCCGAACGCGCGCUGGAGCGGCGGGAGGAGGAGGCGAACGUGGUGCUCACCGGCACGGUGGAGGAGAUCCUCAACGUGGACCCGGUGCAACACACGUACUCGUGCAAGGUUCGGGUCUGGCGAUACUUGAAAGGCAAAGAUGUGGUGGCCCAGGAGAGCCUGCUGGACGGAGGCAACAAGGUGGUGAUUGGCGGCUUCGGAGACCCCCUCAUCUGUGACAACCAGGUGUCCACUGGGGAUACCAGGAUCUUCUUUGUGAACCCUGCCCCGCCGUACCUGUGGCCAGCCCAUAAGAAUGAGCUGAUGCUCAACUCCAGCCUCAUGCGCAUCACCCUCCGGAACCUGGAGGAGGUGGAGCACUGCGUGGAAGACAAACCUGGGACCCACUUCACGCCAGUGCCCCCAACACCUCCGGAUGCGUGCCGAGGGAUGCUGUGCGGCUUCGGCGCCGUCUGCGAGCCCAGCGCGGAGGAGCCGGGCGGAGCCUCCUGCGUGUGCAAGCGGAGCGCCUGCCCCAGCGUCGUGGCGCCCGUGUGCGGCUCGGACGCGUCCACCUACAGCAACGAGUGCGAGCUGCAGCGGGCGCAGUGCAGCCAGCAGAGGCGCAUCCGGCUGCUGCGCCGCGGGCCGUGCGGGACCCGGGACCCCUGCUCCAAUGUAACCUGCAGCUUCGGCAGCACCUGUGCACCCUCCGCGGAUGGACUGACAGCCACGUGCCUGUGCCCUGCCACGUGCCUAGGGGCCCCCGAGGGCCCUGUGUGCGGCAGCGACGGCACUGACUACCCCAGCGAGUGCCAGCUCUUGCGCCAAGCCUGUGCCCGCCAGGAGAACAUCUUCAAGAAGUUCGAUGGCCCUUGUGACCCCUGCCAGGGCGCUCUCAGCGACCUGAGCCGCAUCUGCCGUGUGAACCCGCGCACGCGGCGCCCUGAGCUGCUUCUGCGGCCAGAGAGCUGCCCUUCACAGCGGGCGCCCGUGUGUGGGGACGACGGGGUCACCUACGAUAACGACUGUGUCAUGGGCCGAACCGGGGCCACCCGAGGCCUCCUCCUCCAGAAAGUGCGCUCUGGCCAGUGCCAACCUCGAGACCAGUGCCCAGAGACGUGCAGGUUCAAUGCCGUGUGCCUGUCCCGCCGAGGCCGUCCCCGCUGUUCCUGCGACCGUAUCGUCUGUGACGGGGCCUACAGACCCGUGUGCGCCCACGACGGGCACGCAUAUGACAGCGACUGCUGGCGCCAGCAGGCCGAGUGCCAGCAGCAGCGCAGCAUCCCCGCCAAGCACCAGGGCCUGUGUGACCAGCCCCCGUCCCCAUGCCGCGGGGUGCAGUGUGCAUUUGGGGCGACAUGUGCUGUAAAGAAUGGGGAAGCCGAGUGUGCCUGUCAGCAGGCGUGUUCAGGCAUCUACGAUCCCGUGUGUGGCAGCGAUGGCGUCACGUACGGCAGCACGUGCGAGCUGGAGGCUACGGCCUGUGCCCUUGGGCGGGAGAUCCAGGUGGCUCGCCGAGGACCCUGUGACCGCUGUGGGCAGUGCCGCUUUGGAGCCCUGUGCGAGGCUGAGACCGGGCGCUGCGUGUGCCCCUCCGAGUGCGUGGCCUCGGCCCAGCCCAUGUGCGGCUCUGACGGGCACACAUAUGCCAGCGAGUGUGAACUGCACGUCCACGCCUGCACACGCCAGAUCAGCCUGCACGUGGCCUCGGCCGGACCCUGCCAGACCUGCGGAGACACGGUGUGCGCCUUCGGGGCCGUGUGCUCAGCGGGGCGGUGUGUGUGUCCCCGGUGUGAGCGCCCUCCGCCCGGCCCCGUGUGUGGCAGCGACGGCGUGACCUACCGCAGCCCGUGUGAGCUCCGUGAGGCGGCCUGUCAGCAGCAGACACAGAUCGAGGAAGCCCGGGCCGGGCCGUGUGAGCAGGCCGAGUGUGGCUCAGGAGGCUCGGGCUCUGGAGAGGAUGGCGAGUGUGACCAGGAGCUGUGCCAGCGGCGAGGCGGCGUCUGGGACGAGGACUCGGAGGACGGGCCGUGCGUCUGUGACUUCAGCUGUCAGAGCGUCCUGAGGAGUCCGGUGUGUGGCUCGGACGGGGUCACCUACCGCACCGAGUGUGAGCUGAAGAAGGCCAGGUGUGAAUCGCGGCCGGAGCUGUACGUCGUUGCCCAGGGAGCCUGCCGUGGCCCCACCUUGGCCCCGCUGCCACCUGCAGUUCCCCUGCACUGCACUCAGAUGCCCUACGGCUGCUGCCAGGACAACGUCACUGCUGCCCGGGGUGUGGGCCUGGCUGGCUGCCCCAGCUCGUGCCAGUGCAACCCACACGGCUCCUAUAGCGGCACCUGUGACCCAGCCACAGGCCAGUGCUCCUGCCGCCCGGGCGUAGGGGGCCUCAAGUGUGACCGCUGUGAGCCCGGCUUCUGGAACUUCCGUGGUAUCGUCACCGAUGGUCGGAGCGGCUGUGCCCCCUGCAGCUGUGACCCCCAGGGUGCUGUGAGGGAUGACUGUGAGCAGAUGACCGGGCUGUGCUCCUGUAAGCCUGGGGUGGCUGGACCCAAGUGCGGGCAGUGUCCAGACGGCCGUGCCCUGGGCCCUGCUGGCUGUGCAUCAGACUUUUCAGCACCCAAGACUUGUGCUGAGAUGCUUUGUGAGUUCGGGGCGUCCUGCGUGGAGGAGGCUGGCUCCGCCCACUGCGUGUGCCCAACACCCACCUGUCCAGGGGCCAAUGCUACCAAGGUCUGUGGGUCAGACGGAGUCACCUAUGGCAACGAGUGCCAGCUGAGGACCAUUGCCUGCCGCCAGGGCUUGGACAUCUCUAUCCAGAGCCUCGGUUCCUGCCAGGAAGGCAUCACUUCCGGCCCCCGCCCAACGUUCGCGUCUGUGGCCACCCCGGGGCUUGACCUGAGCGCGGCACUGCUGCCCCCCGCCAGCGCCCUCCCCCCGGCUCCCAGCAGUGCCCCCCGCAGCCGGCCCACCUCUCAGCCCGCGUCACGACCUUGGACCCCUGCCAGCAUCCCCAGGACCCCGGCAAGGCCCGUGCUGACGGUGCCUCCCACAGCCCCCUCCGCAGCAGCCGGCCUCGGCGCAUCUGCCUUCGCUGAAUCUGGCAGCGCGGAUGGCAGUGGCGACGGGGAGCUGAGUGGCGACUUGGAGGCCAGUGGGGCUGGCUCAGGAGGACUCGAGCCCCCUGAGAGAGACAGCGCUGGGACCCCCGGGCCACCCAUGGAGAGGGCCUCCUGCUACAACUCGCCUAUGGGCUGCUGCUCGGAUGGCAAGACACCCUCACUGGACGCUGAGGGCUCCAACUGUCCUGCCACCAAGGCGUUCCAGGGUGUGCUGGAGCUCGAGGGGGUCGAGGGGCAGGAGCUGUUCUACACGCCAGAGAUGGCGGACCCCAAGUCCGAGCUAUUUGGGGAGACGGCCAGGAGUCUCGAGAGCGCACUGGACGACCUCUUCCGGAGCUCGGAUGUUAAGAAGGACUUUCGAAGUGUCCACCUGCGGAACUUGGGGCCCGGCAGCGCGGUCCGAGCCACUGUGGAUGUGCACUUCGACCCCACUACAGCCUUCAGGGCGCCCGAUGUGGGCCGGGCCCUGCUCCGGCAGAUCCAGGCAUCCCGGCGCCGGUCCCUGGGUGUGAGGCGGCCUCUGCAGGAGCACGUGCGGUUCAUGGACUUCGACUGGUUUCCUGCGUUCUUCACGGGAGCCACACCUGCCGCAGCCACAGCCAGAGCCACCACUGCGGCCCGCCUGCCGCCUUCGGCCGCGACGCCUCGGGCGCUCUAUCCCAGUCACACGGGCCGGCCCACCGGCAGGAGCACAGCUGCCCCCGCCACGCGCCGGCUCCCCACUACUGCCCCCAGCCGUGUGCCUGGACGCCGGCCCCCAGCCCCAGGCGCCCAGCAGCCCCCAAGGCCCUGUGACUCCCAGCCCUGCCUCCGCGGGGGAACCUGCCAGGACCAGGGCUCAGGUGGAGACUUCACCUGCAGCUGCCCAGCGGGCAGGGGUGGCGCUGUCUGUGAGAAGGUCCUGCGCCCCUCCGUGCCGGCCUUCGGGGGCCGCUCCUUCCUGGCCUUCCCCACCCUCCGUGCCUACCACACCCUGCGCUUGGCACUCGAAUUCCGGGCACUAGAGCCCCAGGGGCUGUUGCUCUAUAAUGGCAACGCCCGGGGCAAGGACUUCCUGGCACUGGUGCUCCUGGGGGGCCGCGUGCAGCUCAGGUUCGACACAGGUUCGGGGCCUGCGGUGCUGACCAGCUCGGUGCCCGUGCAGCCCGGCCGGUGGCAUCGCCUGGAGCUGUCUCGGCACUGGCGCCGGGGCACUCUGUCAGUGGACCGUGAGACGCCUGUCCUGGGCCAGAGCCCCAGCGGCACGGACGGCCUCAACCUGGACACGGAGCUUUUCGUGGGUGGCUUCCCGGAGGACCAGGCUUCUGUGGUGCGCGAACAGACCUCUGCCAGCACUGGUCUUAGGGGCUGUGUCCGCUUGCUGGAAGUCAACAACCAGAGGCUGGAGCUGAGCGGCUGGCAGGGGUCUGCGAGCCGAAGCUCCGGAGUGGGCGAGUGUGGGGACCACCCCUGCGUGCCUACCCCCUGCAUCGGUGGGGCCCCAUGCCAGGCCCUGGAGGCCGGCAUGUUCCACUGUCGGUGCCCACCCGGCCGCUUUGGCCCAACCUGUGCCGACGAGAAGGAUCCCUGUCAUCCGAACCCCUGCCGCGGGGCAGCCCCCUGCCGCGUGCUGCCCCAGGGCGAGGCCAAGUGCGAGUGCCCGCGGGGCCGGGAGGGCAGCCUCUGCCAGACAGUCUCGGAGCGGGAGGAUAGCCAGCCCCUCCUGGCCGACUUCAACAGCUUCUCCUACCUGGAGCUGAAAGGCCUGCACACCUUUGAGCGGGACUUGGGGGAGAAGAUGGCGCUGGAGGUGGUGUUCCUGGCCCGGGGCCCCAGCGGGCUGCUCCUCUACAACGGGCAGAAGACAGACGGCAAGGGCGACUUUGUGUCCCUGGCGCUGCACGACCGCCGCCUGGAGUUCCGCUACGACCUGGGCAAGGGGGCCGCGGUCAUCAGGAGCAAGGAGCCAGUGGCGCUGGGCGCCUGGACCAGGGUCUCCCUGGAGCGACACGGACGCAAAGGAGCCAUGCGGGUCGGCGAUGGGCCCCGCGUGCUGGGGGAGUCCCCGGUGCCACACACUGUCCUCAACCUGAAGGAGCCACUCUAUGUGGGGGGGGCCCCUGACUUCAGCAAGCUGGCCCGAGCGGCUGCCGUGUCUUCCGGCUUUGACGGCGUCAUCCAGCUGGUCUCCCUGAACGGUCGCCAGCUGCUCACCCGGGAGCACGUGGUGCAGGCGGUGGACGUCUCGUCCUUCGCAGACCACCCUUGUACCCAGGCCGAGGGUCACCCUUGCCUCCACGGGGCCUCCUGUCUCCCUCGGGAGGCCUCCUACGAGUGCCUGUGUCCUGGGGGCUUCUCGGGGCCGCACUGCGAGAAGGGCCUGAUUGAGAAGUCGGCCGGGGACCUGGACGCGCUGGCCUUUGACGGACGUACCUACAUCGAGUACCUCAACGCUGUGACCGAGAGCGAGAAGGCCCUGCAGAGCAACCACUUUGAGCUGAGCCUGCGCACCGAGGCCACACAGGGGCUGGUGCUGUGGAGCGGUAAGGCCACGGAGCGGGCCGACUACGUCGCGCUGGCCAUCGUGGACGGGCGCCUGCAGCUGGCCUACGACCUCGGCUCGCAGCCCGUGGUGCUGCGCUCCACCGUCCCCGUCAACACCGGCCGCUGGCUGCGGGUCAGGGCUCACAGGGAGCAGAGGGAAGGUUCCCUUCAGGUCGGCAACGAGGCCCCUGUGACUGGCUCCUCCCCGCUGGGCGCCACGCAGUUGGACACAGAUGGAGCCCUGUGGCUGGGUGGCCUGGAGAAGCUGCCUGUGGGCCUGGCCCUGCCCAAGGCCUACAGCACGGGCUUCGUGGGCUGCCUGCGGGACGUGGUGGUGGGUCGGCGCCCGCUGCACCUUCUGGAGGACGCCGUCACCAAGCCAGAGCUUUGGCCCUGUCCUGCCCCGUGAGCCGCACCACAGCCACCGCCCACCCUGCUGUAAUUAUUUUCUAUUUUUGUACACUUGUUGCUUUUUUGAUAUGAUUUUCUUGCCUGUGUGUCAGCCAGAGGGACUGCUGGCCCGGCCUCCCUCGGGUCCAGGCAGGCGAGUUGCAGAGAUGGACUUGGUGCCGAGGGACUCUCAGAGCUGGGGGGACCGCGGCGCAUGGAGGGUCUGGCUCACUCGGCAGCCUUGGGACGCGCCCCUCUGCUCUGGGACACCGUGUCCUUGCCCCUCGGGCUGUGCUCCCCCCGAGUGUCCACCUGUGCCGGCCUCUGUGUUCUCCAGCCUGUCGGCAGAGCCCGCACACACACCUUGCCCCUGUUCCAUCUGGUGAGGCCUGCGUGCCCGGAGCAGGAAGGCGCUGUGGGGUCUGCGGGGCCCUUCCUCUGUGGCAGCUCCCCGGGGCCUUCCUCUUUUCCCGUCUGAGCCGCCCCUCCUCCCUGCCCGCUCUGGGCGGGACCAGCCUCACCUGGACCCACCGAGCCCGGGCCUCCUGUGCCAAUCCUGUGAAACAAGGUCACUGUUGGGGCCACACUGUGCCCCUCCCUCCAGCUGUGCCCACCUGUCCCAGGGCACAGGAGAGCAGAGGCCAGACUCAGGCCUGUUCGGGCACCCUGGCCCGCAGCUGGCCCUGCCCAUCCACCCAACCACCCUGAACGUGGCCGUGUCCCCUACCCUCCCCCCAAGGCCCCGUGAGGAGCCCUGAGAGGCCGUGGGGCCCCAUGUGACCCGGCGGAUGUCCUCUGCCUGCUUGCCUUGGCGACUGGCAUCCCCUCUCCAGGAUGCACGUCCAGGCCUGGCCACCAGCUGCAGGGUCCUUAUGUACUGAUUUUAUUUGACACCUGGGCUGUUGUCUCUCUGGUCCUGGGCUGAGGGCAGCUGAAGACAGUACACAGCAAACCUUCUGUCCAGUUCCGGUGUGAGGAAUUGUCCUUAUCCAAGAGUGACCAGGAGCGGGCUGGGUGUCUGACCAAUGCCAAGGGACAGGUGCAGGGGUGGCAGAGACGGCUGUGAAGCCAGAAAUGGCUUAAACUGCAAGAUUAGGUCUCAUCAGCUCCCGUCCGCUCUCCCGCCUUGACCUGUCCUGCUGGGGGUGGCAGCCCCAACCCUCCCAUAGCCCCUCCCACAGCUGGGCCUGGGCUGUCGGGUUCAGAGGCUGCAGGAGCCUCAGAAGUCCUGCUACUAACUCCAGUCUGUGUCUGUGUCAAUCACCGUGAAAUAAAGUCUGAACACUUUCA